AUGGUAAAAGAGGGGGGAAGUGGGGGGGUCAGUAAUGAGCACGAGGUCAGACAGAUUGAGACAGCAUCCAAGAGACAAACCACCCAGGAGACUCCAAUCCUCUGCAAUGACAUCUUUAAGCCUUUACCUGGACAAGAGAAACGCAUCAGAACUGUGCUUACAAAGGGCAUCGCUGGCAUUGGGAAAACCGUCUCUGUGCAGAAGUUCAUUCUGGACUGGGCAGAAGGAAAAGCCAAUCAGGGCAUUGAUUUCAUCUUCACUCUUCCUUUCCGAGAUCUGAAUCUGAAGAAGGAAGGAGCAUUCAGUCUGAUGCAACUUCUGCAGCACUACUUUCCACAACUGAAAGAGAUCAAAAGUGUUGAAGGUGAUGAAGUCAAAGUUGUGUUUAUCUUUGAUGGUCUGGAUGAAUGUCGACUUCCUCUACAUUUCCAAAGCAAUGAGAUCUGCUGUGAUAUAACAGAGUCAUCAUCAGUGGAUGUGCUGCUGACCAACCUCAUUAAGGGGAAUCUGCUUCCCUCUGCUCUCCUCUGGAUCACCUCCCGACCUGCAGCAGCCAAUCAGAUCCCUCCUGAGUGCAUCCACCAGGUGACAGAGGUACGAGGGUUCAAUGACCCACAGAAGGAGGAGUACUUCAGAAAGAGAAUCAGAGAUCAGAACCAGGCCACCAGAAUCAUCUCACACAUCCAGUCAUCCAGGAGUCUCUACAUCAUGUGUCACAUACCAGUCUUCUGCUGGAUUUCUGCUACUGUUCUGGAGACAAUGUUGGGUAAAGUAGAGAGUGGAGAUCUGCCCAAAACUCUGACUGAAAUGUACACACGCUUCCUGCUUAUUCAGACUAAAGUGAAGAAUCUGAAGUAUUGUGGCUCUGAAGAAACAAACCCAAAGAUGUCAGCAUCAGAUACAGAAAUCAUCCUGAAACUGGGGCAGCUGGCUUUUGUACAGCUGGAAAAGGGCAAUCUGAUAUUCUAUGAAGAGGACCUGAGAGACAGUGGCAUUGAUGUCAGUGAAGCUUCAGUGUACUCUGGGGUGUGCACAGAGAUCUUUAAAAAGGAGUGUGGGUUGGGUCAGGAGAAGGUCUACUGCUUUGUGCAUCUGAGCAUUCAGGAGUAUCUGGCCGCCUUGUUUGUGUUUCAUUCAUGUGUAAAUGAGAACAGAAAUGUGCUCAGAGCAGAAGAAUCAAAACCUCACAGUGGCAGAGUGCAGCUGUCUGAGUUACAUGAGACUGCAGUGGAUCAGGCCUUACUGAGUGAGAACGGACACCUGGACCUUUUCCUCCGAUUCCUUCUCGGCCUCUCUCUGGACUCCAUUCAGCCCCUCUUAGGAGGACUACUGACCCAGACAGGAAGCAGAUCCCCUGUACCAGACCCACAGACACAGACAGGAAGCAGAUCAGAGAGAAUUAAGGAAACAGUCCAGUACAUUAAGGAGAAGAUCAAACAUGAAUCUUCCGCAGAGAGGACCAUCAAUCUGUUCCACUGUCUGAAUGAACUGAAUGACAACUCUGCAGUGGAGGAAAUCCAGAAUUCCCUGAGAUCAGGAAAACUUUCUGAUAAAGAGCUGGAACCCCACCAAUGUUCAGCUCUGGCCUUUGUGUUACUGAUGUCAGAGGAGAUCCUGGAUGAGUUUGACUUGAAGACCUACAACACAUCAGAAGCAGGUCGUCACAGACUGGUACCAGUAGUCAGGAACUGCAGGAAGGCCAUACUGCACAGUUGUAACCUAAGUGAGGAGUCAUGUGAAAUUGUGGCCUCAGCUCUCCAGUCAUCAAACUCAACCCUGAGAGAUCUUGACCUCAGCAGCAAUAACCUGGGAGAUGCAGGAGUGAAGCUGCUCUGUGCUGGACUGAUGAGUCCAAACUGUAAACUACAGAGACUGGACCUCAGCAGCAAUAACCUGGGAGAUGCAGGAGUGAAGCUGCUCUGUGCUGGACUGAUGAGUCCAAACUGUAAACUACUGAGACUGGACCUCAGCUACAAUAACCUGGGAGAUGCAGGAGGGGAGCUGCUCUGUGCUGGACUGAUGAGUCCAAACUGUAAACUACUGAGACUGGACCUCAGCAGAAAUAACCUGGGAGAUGCAGGAGUGAAGCUGCUCUGUGCUGGACUGAUGAGUCCAAACUGUAAACUACAGAGACUGGGGCUGGGUUGGUGUAAUCUCACAGAGGGCUGCUGUGAUGUUCUGGCCUCAGUCUUGCGUUCUCCUCACUCAGAGCUGAGUGAUCUGGAGCUGAGAGACAACGAGCUGCAGGAUUCAGGAGUGAGAGCGCUCUCUGCUGGACUGGAGGACCCACACUGUAAACUGCAGAGACUGGGGCUGGGUUGGUGUAAUCUCACAGAGGGCUGCUGUGAUGUUCUGGCCUCAGUCUUGCGUUCUCCUCACUCAGAGCUGAGUGAUCUGGAGCUGAGAGACAACGAGCUGCAGGAUUCAGGAGUGAGAGCGCUCUCUGCUGGACUGGAGGACCCACACUGUAAACUGCAGAGACUGGGGCUGUCAGGCUGUAGAGUCACACAGAGAGGCUGUGAUUCUCUGGCUUCAGCUCUGUGUUCAAACCCCUCACACCUGAGAGAGCUGGACCUGAGAUACAAUCACCCAGAAGACUCAGGAGUGAGAGCGCUGUCUGCUGCUAAACUGGACACACUCACGCUGCUUGUGGAACAUGGUGGAGAGAACAGGAUUAAACCAGGACCCAGGAAAUACGGCUGUCGGCUCACACUGGAUCCAAACACAGCGCACAGAGAGCUGUCUCUGUCUGAGGGGAACAGGAAGGUGACAUACACACGGGGGAGAGAGGAGCCAUAUCCUCAUCCAGAGAGAUUUGAGUCUGUGCCCCAGGUUCUGUGCAGAGAGAGUGUGUGUGAGCGCUGUUACUGGGAGGCUGAGUGGAGUGAGUCUGAGGGGGGAUGGGUUGAUAUAGCAGUGACAUAUAAAGGAAUCAGCAGGAAAGGAGGGGUUGAUGACUGUAGGUUUGGAAUGAAUAAAAACUCCUGGAGUCUGUUGUGCGAUAAACACAGUUACUCUGUCCGUCACAAUAAGAACCUCACAGGCCUACCUGCCCCCCCCUCCCCCUACCACAGAGCAGGAGUGUGUGAUGAUGGUGCUGGUGCAGGAGUGUGUGUGUACAGGGUAGGAGUGUGUGUGGACCGUCCGGCUGGCACUCUGUCCUUCUACAGCGUCUCUGACUCUGACACACUGACCCUCCUGCACACAUUCCACACACACUUCACUCAACACACACCCCUCUGUGCUGGGUUUGGAGUGUGGGGGUGGGAGGAGGGCUCAGUGUCCCUCUGCCAACUGGAGUAGAGACACACACACCCCUCCACCCCACACACACACACACUGUGGCACCCCACGGGGAGAGAGAGGCAGAGAGAGCAGGAAUAAGUGUGUCCAAAAUUACAUUUUAAUUUGAAUAAAUACACACACAUUUUAAUAAAUUUAAAUAAAAAACAGGGAAAAAAAUCACAGGCCAAAAAAUUAGGUACACCUAGGUUAGGCCCUCUCUGAAUUACGUGGCUCUGUCAGCCCGUCUGUAUCUGGGGCGGUCCGUCCUAUCUGCGCCUUUCCUGGCACGGAGAUCCACGUCCCCGCUUUGUCGCCCGGUUCUGCGUCGUUGGCUGUUUCUCGUGCGUGCUGGCUCCGCAUCCGUCUCCCUUACUGCUCAGCCCCGUUCUGUGGUUGUGCCCGGCCUUUUGUAGGGCUCCUCUCUCUCUCUCCAACUCGUCCCAGCUGCGCCUGUCCAAUCAGAGCCUUAGAGUUCACUGCCCACAUUCCCCACGCGCCUUUCCUCCGGUGCUGCUGGCCUUGGUGCUGAUCCUCCACCGGCUCUCUCCACGGUGCUGACCUGUCAAGACACCAAUUCAGGAAAUAAACGUUGUGAAGUAUUUUCCCCAGCAUUUGGCGUUGGAGCACGUGUCUCUCUCCCGUGGUGUACCGAUUCCUGAUCGGGCCGCCACAACACACACACGCUCACACACACUCACAUACUCACACACACCCACACACUCAUACACACACACACACACACUCUCACACACACUCACACACAC